AUGGAAGACGAAUCAGGAAACGAAGGAGACGGAGAUACAGCGAUCGAUUCACCACUUGCGAGAUGGAGAAUCGAAUUCUCAAAGUCAUUUCAGAAUUACUUAGACAGAUCGGCUCCUCACCUCGUUCGUAGAUGGCUUGUGACUUUAAUCGCCGCCGUGAUCUACAUCUACAGAGUUUACUACGCUUAUGGAUUCUUCGUCGUCUCCUACGGUCUCGCUACUUACAUCUUAAACCUCUUGAUCGGUUUCCUCUCUCCCAAAGUCGAUCCAGAGCUCGAAGCUUUAGAUGGUGGUGGUGGUGGUGGUGCUUUGCCUAGUGAAGAUGCUGAUGAGUUUAAGCCCUUUGUUCGUCGUCUUCCCGAGUUCAAAUUCUGGUAUGCUGCUACAAAGGCCUUUGUUGUUGCGUUUGUGAUGACUUUCUUCUCGUUUCUGGAUGUUCCUGUGUUCUGGCCGAUCUUGCUCUGCUACUGGUUAUUUCUGUAUUUUCUCACGAUCCAACGGCAAAUCGUGCACAUGAUCAAGUACAGAUACUUUCCUUUCGAUUUUAGAAAGAAGAAGAGGCAUGGUGGAAACGAUAAGCCCAGUAGCAGCAAUACAUCUGAGGGAGAUGAAAAGCGGGCUUAG